CUGCAUUGAGGACUAAGCUCUGAUUUUUUUUUUUUUUAAUCUUGCCCAAAUUCCUAUCUAAGGGGUCUGGGGAAUCAUGCUCUAUAAACCAUACAUUCUCAUCAGAUGGUUUUAUUUAACCCUGUAUAUCAUGACUUACUUUCCAAUCUGACUCUGGCAUAACAUGAAAGAAAAUAAAAAUAUUUUACCCCAAAACAUGUUUCACUGCCAUAUCUUGAAAUGGUCCUGCAAAGCCAUCCCUUGUGGGAAAAAUCCACAUUCUAUAGAGAAUCCACUUUCCCCUUGUUUUCCUUCCUUCCUUUCUAGAUCCAGGAGAUAAUCAACUAAGAGGCAGGCACUCUUUUAGGUCUGAUAAUAAACAGUAUACAACCUGUUCUCUCUGAAGUCUGCUGUCUGAGAGCUUCCUCUGCACAAUAAAACUUGGUGCCUACAAUCCUUUAUCUUAACUUGAACAUACAUUUCCUUUCUAUUGAUCCCAGGUCUUCAGAUGAACUCAACCAAUUGUAAACCAGAAAACGUUUAUAGCCUAGAACACCGGCCACCGCCCCCACCCCACCGCCCCUGCCUUGAGUUGUCUCGCUUUUCUGAACUAAACCAAUGUAUUUCUUAAAUGUAUUUGGUUGAUGUCUCAUGCCUCCCUAAAAUAUAUAAAACUAAGCUAUACCCCAACCACCUUGGCACAUGUUCUCAGGGCCACCUGAGGGCUGUGUCUUGGGCCAUGGUCACUCAUGUUUGGCUCAGAAUCAAUCUCUAAAAAUAUUUUAUACAGAGUUUGACUCUUUUCGUUAACAGCAUAAUAUAUUCAAACACACUAUGAUCUGCAUCUUUCAUUUUAAUGCUGCCUGGAGUAGACCAUGAUAUGGAUGUAUUGUAUGCUUUUAACUCCAACUGAUGUGCUUUUAGAUUGCUUCCACUGUAUGCAACUACAAAGAAUGUUUCGUUGCUCCCGUGUGCAUUUUGAGCAUUUUUCUAAGGUAGAUUCUGAGACAUAAAAUUACCACAAUUUUAGAAGAUUUCCUACUUACGUAAAAUACUAGUAGAUACUCCCAGAUCACCAUCCAAAAUGUCAUUUUACACUCCCUUCAACGGUACAGAAGAGUACUUUUUCCCUUCUAUCCUUUUCCACUCUUAGAGUCUUCUUUUUUUUUCUUUUUUUGAGGCAGUGUCUCGCUCUAUCAGCGAGGCUGGAGUGCAGUGGCAUGAUCAUGGCUUAGUGCAGCCUCAACCUCUUGGGCUCAAGUGAUCCUUCCACCUCAGGUUCCCCAGUAGCUGGAACUACAGGCACAUGCCACCACACCUGGCUAAUUUUUGUAUUUUUUGUAGACACGGGGUUUCUCCAUGUUGCCCAGUCUGGUCUUGAACUUCUGUGCUCAAGUAAUCCUUGGCCUCUCAAAACUGUGGGAUUACAGGCCCAUGUGCCACUGAGCCCGGCCUCACUCUUGGCAUUUUAAGUCUUAAAAAGUUUUGCUAAUCUAUGAAUGAAAAUCGUUUUUAGUAUAUAUUUCCCUGAUAACUAGUGAGAUUGAACAUUUUUUCAUAUUUUAGUAGUAUUUCAUUCUUAAUACCUGUAUUUCUUCUGAAAAUAACAAAAUAAUUAUCUAAAUUAAGUAUAUACCCUAUGUUCUUUCUUUGGUUCUCUUUUAAUGUUCUAAAAGCUCAGAAAAGGCUAGAAUGAUUUUGAGUACCUGUGGUCCAAUCGUUGUUGGGGCAGGUCAAUUUUCUUUUUGCAACUCUGUGGACAAGAAUCAUUUGCAUUACUGAUUUCUGCAAUUUACAGAGCUGUGAAACUCCUCAAAGACAAUGAAAGGGUAGAACUAUUAUGGAAUCAAAUUACUCAAUAGGGUAUACCAGACAACACCUAGCAUUCCAUUGAACAUCCAGCGAUCUUUCACUGUUUUCUGGAAGAUAAUACACUUAAAGCUUUUAACACAUUAGCUCGCAGUGAGAGCUCAGUAAAUUUAAUUUGCUUCUCCAUUGUUAAAAGAAUGAAAAACAAGAUAAUUGAGAAUUUAUAGCAUUUCUGUGGAACUACAGUUCCCUGUAUAGGUGCUGUAUCUAGAUUCAUUUUUGAUUUCAUUGGGUCUUGCACAGUGCCUGGGAGCAUUUAUAUACGUGGUCAGUAAUUAAAAACAAUUUAUUUUUCCUACCUCUUAAUACUAUCACAGUUGUUCAGUAAUAGUUUUAUUGGAUAGAACUGUGUUCAAGUAUGUUCUAAUUUGUUCCCCUAUCUGGAAAAACAUGUAUAUUGUGAGAAAAUAGGUUUGUCUUGCUUACAUUAUUAUGUAUCAUAUAUUUUAAUACUGGGGUUAACAAAUAUAUUCUAAGCACUGAAACUAGUGGCCUUGAAAAUGGCUAGACUAGCUGUUUCCUUUCAUAGUCCAAACUGUGUGAUAUAGCUAAGUAAAAAAUCUGGCUCUAUUAUAAUAGCAAAUGUGAUUUCGUAUGUGGAGUCUUAAGGCGUGAUUAUACUGUUUCUCACCAUGAAUAGUGAUUUUUUACACAUGAUAAGGCAGGCUAGCAAAUUCACAUACAUUACGGCUAGAAUAAUCCAUUGCUUUAAAAACAUGAUUUUUACCUGCUUUUUAGAUUGAGUGUUCCAUAAAAAUUUUUUCUUAACUGAAAAAAAUAUGCAGAGGCUAAUGUAGACUGUAAAAUGAAGGAGAAGCUUAGCUUUACUGUGGAGUCUGGGUCUGGGUGUAACCUAACUAGCUAGAGGAUAUGCAAUUCCUGAUUGACAGCAGAUCCAGCAUUAUGCAGAUUUUGUAAGGGAGAACACUCAGCACAGAAACAGUGAUGAGAGGCUCUGUUAGGAAUUACUACAUUCACCGCUCAUAUCUUUUAGUUUUCUGUCUACUGGAUUUGUAAAUAAAUAGCACAAAACAGUUCCUCUUUUGUUUUUAUUAAAGUGAUACUGCAAUGCAGUUCAGUCUGUCAGCUAGGCAUACAUGUGUGAAAUUUGAUAUUCUCACUAAAUUAGCUAAUUUUUAGCUGUGUUCCAUGCUUAUCUCUAGACCUUUGUGUAUUAAAUCCUGUCUCGAGCUGUUCCCUUUAUACACAAGUGUGUUUUGCUUGUGCCUUCCUGUCUUCUUCAGUGAGAAGCUUUAUGUAGGUCAGGCUUGGCUUAAGCAGAUUUCCUGAACCUGCGUCAGCUUAAGCUGGAGGAAUUUUAAUAAACCCUCCCCUGUAGGCGUGGGCCUAAAUGAGGCUAGCCUAGUUAAGCCUGAUCUUUUUCUGUUUGUGAAAAGAGCUGAGCAGAGCUGAAGGCUGCAUGGUGGUUUCAGAAACUGCCUACUUAAUUUGAAAAGAACAAUGGUAGGAAAGGCUAGAUCUUCCAAUUUUACCUUAUCCGAAAAGCUUGAUUUGCUAAAGCUUGUGAAGCCAUAUGUGAAAAUUCUCGAAGAACACACUAAUAAACAUUCAGUAAUAGUAGAAAAGAAUAGAUGUUGGGAUAUCAUAGCAGUUAACUAUAAUGCAAUUGGAGUAGACCGCCCUCCUCGAACAGCACAGGGCCUACGCACCCUUUAUAAAAGGCUCAAAGAAUAUGCCAAACAGGAGCUAUUGCAGCAAAAAGAGACCCAAUCAGAUUUUAAAAGCAAUAUUUCUGAGCCAACCAAGAAAGUUAUGGAGAUGAUUCCCCAGAUUUCCAGUUUUUGCCUGGUAAGAGACAGGAACCACAUACAAAGUGCAAACUUGGAUGAGGAGGCACAGGCUGGUACCAGUUCACUACAGGUAAUGUUGGAUCACCAUCCUGUUGCUAUUACAGUGGAGGUGAAGCAAGAAGAAGACAUUAAACCACCUCCUCCACUGCUUUUAAAUUCUCAACAGAGUGAUACUUUAGAGCAAAGAGAAGAACAUGAAUUAGUACAUGUUAUGGAAAGAUCCUUGUCGCCUUCACUUUCCUCUGUUGAUAUGAGAAUGACAUCGUCUCCAUCUUCUAUUCCAAGGAGAGAUGAUUUUUUUCGGCAUGAGAGUGGUGAACACUUUAGGUCACUAUUAGGGUAUGAUCCUCAGAUCCUGCAAAUGUUGAAAGAGGAGCAUCAGAUAAUUUUAGAAAAUCAAAAAAAUUUUGGAUUGUAUGUUCAGGAGAAGAGGGAUGGAUUGAAAAGAAGGCAGCAGCUAGAGGAAGAGCUACUAAGAGCAAAAAUUGAAGUGGAGAAGCUGAAAGCAAUUCGCUUACGGCAUGAUCUACCUGAAUAUAACAGUCUCUAAGUUUUUUUUUUCAAUCUUGCAAUUUGAUAAUUUUGAUUUUGGCCAAAUUACUUUAAUUUGGGAAUAUCCUGAAACAGAACACACGUUCUUGAAAAAUGUUGUUAAUCUCUAUUAUGGAAAAACAUUUUUGAUUUAAUUUUCUAAUUAUUUUCUUUUGAGAUAUUAAAAUUUACUGGUUGGUUGGCAUGGUUAUAGUUUUUAUUGUCUUCUUUUUUUUCCUUAAAUUUAAUUGUUGACCUUACAAAAGAUAUUUUAUUCUGAUCACUAAGAUAUACACAAAUACAUAUACAAAUACAUAUUCUUUCAAAGUUCUGAGUCUUCAACAUUUUUAGUUAGAACUUUGAAAGCUGUAAUUAGAGAUUUUUAAGUCAGUCUAAUUUAGGAGCUAUACUAACCUAAUACCAAGAAGCUUGUCUGUAUGACAUUGAUUUUUAUGCUUUUAUCUUUUGAAGGAGUAAAUCCUACGAUUUUAGAGAUGGAAGAUAUUUGGAGAAUACUUUUUUCCAUCUCUGCAGUUUAGGGGUAAUGAAACAGGUCCAGGGAGAACUCAAUGACUUACUUAGGGUAGCAAAGCUAUUUAUGGCAGAGCAGAGACCAGCACUCAGUUUUUCUUUGUGUAAUUUCCGUCCCGUUAUUCUAUAGAAGUAAAUAUCCACUAAAAUAUUCUCUAGAUUUAAAUAUUAGAAGCAUUUGUUUCAUUAAAAUUGCCUUUAAAAAUUGUUAGGUUGUGAAAUCAGGAUAUUAUAUCAAUUACCCCCAUUCUCUGUUUUUGUUCCAGCAAAAUAGAUAAGGUAUUCCAUUGAAGCUAUUAUAUAUUUUGGCUGUGUGAUUUAAAGACAUGUCUUAAUUCAUUUUGAAUGUCCUGUUCUGGAAAAAAUUUUUUUCACAGUAAAAAUCGGAAUGAACAUAAUUAAAAUUUUAUGUAUAAGUAUUGUUAUUUUAAUAUUCAUGGAAAUAAAACCUCAAUUCUUAAAGCAUACAUAUUAAAUUUAUAUUAAAUCUCUAAUAUGUAUGUUACUUAAGAAUUUCUAUUUUUGCUGGGGUUUUGUUGAGAAAGGAUUUUUAAGCCAAGUUUUAGGAUGGAGUGGGUGUAAUUUCAGCAGUGAAGGGGGACCAUGGGUGUUUGAAGUCAGAGUGAGAAGCUGGAAAAAAGACCAAAGAAUGGGAAAAAGUGGACUGAGUAUAUAAGCACAAAUGCAGUGCUAAGCCAUUGAUUUUAAGUGAAUGUAGAGUCAAUUUGGGCUGUGGUAUCCUGGACUAGGAAGGACAUCUCCCUGGACUAGGUAGGGUAGCUGCUGUUUAGCUCCAGCACAAUUUUCACAUGCGGGGAUAAACCCGAAAUCUGCAUUUUUUAAUGUAGAAUCUUCCAAUUUUAAAAUGUUUGCAAAUAACACAAAAUGCUUUUAAAACAUUAUACAGACAACAUGUGAAUGGGCCUCAUUGAGCCGUUGGGCUUCCACUUUGUGGCUUUUGGAGUAGAGCAAUGGUUUUCCAAGUAUGGGUCCUGACCAGCAGCAUCAGCAUCACUUGAGAACUUGUUAGAAAUGCAAAUCCAUUUCCAACUGAAUUAGAAACCCUGGGGGUGUCAGCAAUCUCUUUUAAUAAACCCUUUAGAGAUUCUGAUGCUUGCUAAAGUUUGAGAACCAGUGAAACAGAGUAUUUUGGAACCUCGCUUGGUGCCUAAAUCAUACUAGUCUCAAAAUUUUUGUCGAAGAGUAGUUGAAAGUGAACUGAGGGAUAUAAAUUUGGAUGAUGGUACCAGAUAAUGAAUUACAUUAAAUACUUUUUUUUUUUUGAGAUGGAGUCUUGCUUUGUCACCUAGGUUGGAGUGCAGUAGCGCGAUCUUGGCUCACUGCAAUCCGCGUCUCCUGGGUUCAAGCGAUUCUCCUGCCUCAGCUUCCCAAGUAGCUGGGACUACAGGCGCACCACCACGCCUGGCCAAUUUUUUGUGUUUUUAGUAGAGACGGGGUUUCACCGUGUUAGCCAGGAUGUUCUUGAUCUCCUGACCUCGUGAUCUGCCCGCUUCGGCCUCCCAAAGUGCUGGGAUUACAGGCGUGAGCCACCGUGCCCAGCCUAAAUACUAUUUUUAAUGAGUCAGACUCAACGUACAAUGGGAAGCCAUUGAAUGCUUUGAAUUAGGGGGCUAAUUUGAUUAUAGUUGUGAUUUAGGAGGAGUGGCAUUUAGGGACAGGCAUUGUAUUGGAAGAACUUAAAUCAGAAAUUUAAGUUAUGGCUAUAGAAACAGAAAAAAAUGAACUCUUAAGGUACUAUUUUAGCAUGUUGACUGCUUAAUUUCACUGGUUAAAUUAAAAAGAGGGUGUUUUAUAGCUGGUAGAGUUAACUUUUUAAAUUAUAAAGAUGUCCUGAAUAUAUAACAUGAUAUAUCCUUUUGACAAUGUUACCUUUUCUCUUUAAUCUGUGUUAUGACUUUUCUUUGAGUCUAAUGAAUCUUGUAAUUCUUAAUUUGAGGUAAUGUUUCCCAGUAUAAUUCUAGUAAAUACAUCUUGGCAGUAGUAAGCUUUAUUUUUUGAAAUUAUUGAAAGCACAUAUAUGAGAUGUAAUUCACUUUACAGUUUCAGCAUGCUACUAAGAAUUGAUAAUGAAUGUUCAAUUUAAAUGUUGGCUUUUACAGCAAAUCAGAGUUUUCCCAAGUGUGUUCUGUGGAACAUUAAUUCUGUGAGAUGUUUCUAGAAAAGAGAUCUGUGUUAAAAAAAAAGUGCAGUAUACCUCUUUUUUUUUUUUUUUUGGUGGUUAGGUUCUAAAAUAAUUGUGGAAGGUAAAAAUUAUGUAUAUACAAAAUAGCCCUUGAAAAUUCCUUUGCUGCCCAUAAAAUAGCAUAAAUGUAGUCUGCUACAAUCAUAUUUUUCUCAAGCAUUGUUUAAGAUUGCUUUUUCUUUAGUGUGUUAGGUGACACAAUUCAUUAGCAUUUAGGGGCUGUAUACAAUAAGAAACCUAUUUUUAUGUAUUUUUAAACACCAGAAUCACACUCUUUGAGUUUAUUGCAGCAACUUUUCCAAGUCAAUCUUGUUUUUCUCCAAGUCAAUAUUGUUUACUUUUAAUUUGCAAAAGUUUAAAUGCAUAUAAUUCUGCUCAUUGUCUACCUCCCCUUGUACAACCAUGAUUAACAUAGUAUAGUUUAUGAGAAUUCCUGCAUAAAGAAAAUUAUUUAUUUGACCAUAGAAUCCUUUUCGGAGGCUGUUUAUUAAUACUCUUACGGUAAUUUGGAACCAAACCUUUUUUUUUCUUCUUUUUUGUAUUGAGACUUUUUUGAGUUUGGGGACUACUUACCAACUAACAUUAGCAGUUUUUGUUGAGGACAAGUUUCAUUAAGGGGAAUAUAUAGGGGAAAGUUUGCUAGUACAAUGGAAUGUACACUUGGCUCUCUAUCUGCAGGUUUCACAUCUGCAGAUUGAACCACUGUGGAUUGAAAAUAUUCAGGCAAAAAAAUAAAUAACAGUACAACAAUAAAAAGUAAUAUGAAAUUUAAAAAGAUGGUAUAACUGAGGUAGGAGUUGGGCUAAGCCCAAGUUUUGGGGCUUGUCCUGUAUCUUAACAAAUAUUUACGUAGUAUUUACAUUAUAUUAGGCAUUGUAAGUAAUCUAGAGAUGAUUUAAAGUAUAUGGAAGGAUGUGUGUAACUUGUAUGUGAAUACAAACAUUUUAUAUAAGGGACUUCAGUAUCGGUGGAUCUUGAUGGGGUAGGGGGUGUCCUGAAACCAAUCCCCCUUGGAUACUGAGGGAUGACUAUAAACUUAAGCCACCAGACAUCUUGCAUACCAUAGACAAUUGUUUGGGGGCCAUGAGCUUUAAUUACAAAAUGUAAUGCUGGGAGAACAUAGAGAAGAGUGAUUUUGUUUUUUAAAUGUAGACUUGAUUCUAUAGAAAUAUACUACAUUUGAGAAAUAUACUAAGUAUAUAGAUUAUUUCAUCCAAUACAUUAGUAAUUUAGGUAGUGGAUAGCCACUUUCCUAUCUUUCUCUUAUCCAUGUGAAUGUAAAUGGAUAUGUUGUUACAACUUAUGAUUUUCUAAACUAGCUGUGAUUUAUAAUGACAUCCUGAGAAAAGUCAGUGAAACUCGUUUCUAACGAAUACCAUAUUUCUUAAAAUAGUCAAGUAUUUUUCUUUUGUGUAUGAUGAGAUAUCAACUUGGUGUUAUUUCAUUUUUUUUUUUUUAAGGAGUCACUCUACCCUGUUCUAUCUUUACUUAUGUGAAAAUGUUUAAAAUAUGAGUUUUUUUCAUGUGCCUUCUUUUGGAGUAAUGUCAACUUUUAAAUACACAUGUUUAAAUAACUUAGAGUGUAAUAAAUUGUGUUUAAUAUAUACUGUAGAUAAUGAUGGUUAAAUGCUUUGUUAACACAUGUUCUUUUAAAUACAAGAUAAUACUUUG